AUGGAAAAGCAACAUCCCAGUGAUUUCGACUAUGACAGCUAUUCUCUGCCCUCAGCGGCAACCCACAUUCGCCUAAUCGAACUACUUCCUACAAAUCCAGCCACAACAUCCGAAUCAGCCGACCAUCACUUCUCUAAUCAUCUUUCGUGUCAUCUCACUAUCACGCCAAUAUCCGAACCAAAGGCCUACAAAGCAGUCUCAUAUACUUGGGGCACAUCUGAGAGGACAUGCUCCCUCGAUAUUUCGGGGACCAAGUUGCCCAUCACUCCCGCUCUUGACACCGCCCUUCGACACCUCAGAAGACGAGAUGAGCCUAUGGUUCUAUGGGUCGAUCAGAUCUGUAUCGAUCAAAGCAAUCAUGCUGAGAAAGCAGAUCAAGUGCUCCUCAUGUCCGACGUCUACACCAAAGCCGAGCAAGUGUUGAUCUGGCUUGGGCCCGAGGCAGACAGAUCUGAUGAGUUGAUGGAUCUAUGGCAGGAAGUUGGGCAACGAGCACUGGACCUAGGAAUUCAAGACUAUUUUACGAGAGAGCAUCUGCCUUUGCUGCAAGACAUAAUCAAGGAUCCCGAGUUCGAUCAUCCUCUUACACAAGGCUAUCACGAGCUUGUAGACUUGGCGCGGCCACGAUUCGAACAUCUGUUGCAGGCAACGGUUGACUGGAACGACAGGUUCUGGUUCCGUCGAGUCUGGACAGUUCAGGAGCUUUGCCUCUGCCAGGACACGGUGUUUAUCUGCGGCUACAAAGUAGUCCAGGUAGAGCUCGUUCGAUUAGCUUGCAACAUCCUGUCAGCAGCGAUAAGUCAGUUGGUACGAAGUCAUCCAGAUUCAGACGCCAAGUUUCGGGAACUCGCGUACACAGCAUUGAGCCAACGUGCUAGGCCUCUCCUCAGCAUACGACACCGCAGGCAAGAAUUCAACAAGGGCCUCGGAGAAGGGGACGAGCUACUUCACCUAUUCCAAAAGCUGUUCGUCAAUAGCGACACGAUGGCGACCAGAAACCGAGACCGCAUCUAUGGGUUGCUGGGUCUGGCUGUUGACGCGGGAAGUCUUGCCAUCAAGCCAGACUACGCUUCUGAAGACGCAUCGCCCAUUUUCACCGAAGUGGCCCGGAAAGUGAUUCAGAACGGGCGAGUAGAGCUGUUGUCGUUCUCGCAGAUUCCAAGAGAACAUGACCUGGAGCAUCUCCCGUCUUGGGUGCCUGACUGGAGACCAAAUCUUGAAGCCUCUUUCUACACCAUUUACGAGAGUGGCGAGGACCACCUUUUGGCUGCUUCAGGGGAUACCAAGGUUUGCCUUGAGCAGGUACAAGAUCCCAAUAUCUUGGCUAUCAGGGGGUACCUGGUUGAUACAAUUGAGGAAGUAGGCGAGAGAUGGCAUUCGUCCAAUUCACACGCCCUGUGUCAAGCUCAUCUAUCCCGCAUCGUGGACUUCUGCGCCAAAUCGACUACCAAGAAGGAGCCUAUAUACGACAAUGACGAACGACGGGCCGAGGCAGUUUGGCGAGUGCCCGUUGGAGACUUGUACUGGACCAAGGAUACGCCAAACGCUCGCGCUAGCCGUCCACUCGCAAGCGACGAGUAUCUCGACUGUCUUUUCAUACUUGAGCUACUGGAAUCAUGGCCAAACAUGACCCCCGAGGAGCGAACUGCACGUUUUCCAGAGCUUGAGGCACGGAGGUUCCCAUCUGGCUCGUAUAGGGGCAACAUGGCUGCCAUGGAUGGGAAGAAGCCGUACCUGACACGAAAGGGAUAUGUUGGUAUGUGCCCAAGUCACGCAGUUGAGGGAGAUCAAGUUGUUAUCUUCAUGGGAGGGAGGAUCCCGUUUGUGUUGCGGCCAUUGGAAGGGAGGGAAGAGUUUACGUUUGUGGGUGAGGCAUAUUGCGACGGGGUCAUGGACGGUGAGAUUCUAGAGAGAGCGGAUGAAAGAUUGUUUUUGAUUCGAUAG